ACGUGGAUCCCAUCUAAAGAGUUAUCUAUUCAGUCUUGCCGCUUAUAGUUAAGACUGAAUUUUUUGGAUGAUGGAUGGGGAGAAGAAAAAGACGGCCACUAACAAUGGGAGCAUCAAAGGGGUUGUGGAAGCAAAAAAGCAAGGUCAGCCAAAAGCAGCAGCUCUGCAAAAGAAUGUGGGUCUGUUAAGUAGCAUCUGUCUAAUAGUGGGAACGAUGAUCGGCUCAGGGAUCUUCAUUUCUCCUAAAUCGGUUCUUGAGGGAACUGGUGCAGUGGGUCCAAGUCUGUGUGUGUGGGCUGCAUGUGGUGUGCUGGCUACUCUGGGGGCCCUCUGCUACGCUGAGCUCGGCACAAUGAUCACUAAGUCCGGUGGUGAAUAUCCAUAUCUGAUGGAGGGUUUUGGGCCAGUGCUGGCAUAUUUGUACUCCUGGACCACAGUUAUUGUGUUAAAGCCUUCAUCUUUUGCCAUCAUUGCUUUGAGUUGUGCAGAGUACGCCUCCACACCAUUUUACCCAGGAUGCACCCCUCCUCAAGUCAUCACCAAAUGCCUGGCUGCUGCGUGUAUCUUAAUAAUAACUGUGGUGAACUGUCUGAGUGUGAAACUGGCGUACAGAGUGCAGAACUUUUUCACAGCAGCUAAACUCUUGAUUAUUGUCAUCAUUGUGGUGUCAGGGAUUGUUCUGCUGGCUCAAGGAAAUACACAGAAUUUUAAAGAUUCAUUUACAGGAGCAUCAACAUCAUUUGGAACAAUUGGUCUGGCUUUUUACAAUGGUCUUUGGGCUUAUGAUGGAUGGAAUCAGCUCAACUUCAUUACAGAGGAGCUAAAGAAUCCAUACAGGAACCUUCCUUUGGCAAUCAUUAUUGGAAUUCCCUUGGUUACUGUGUGCUAUAUACUUGUCAACAUUGCAUAUUUCACUGUCAUGACCCCUGUUGAACUUCUGCAGUCUCCUGCUGUUGCUGUGACUUUUGGUGACAGAGUGCUGUAUCCAUUAUCAUGGGUUGUGCCUUUAUUUGUGGUCUUCUCCACUUUUGGUGCAGCCAACGGGAGCUGUUUUACCGCAGGCAGGUUAACGUACGUGGCCGGACGGGAGGGUCACAUGGUUAGAAUCUUGUCAUACAUCAGUGUGAAGCGUUACACACCAGCGCCAGCUCUCAUGUUUAAUGGCAUCCUGUCAAUCAUAUACACCAUUCCAGCAGACAUAAACACCCUCAUCAAUUAUUUUAGUUUUGCUCAGUGGGUUUUCUAUGGCCUCACAUGUGCUGCGCUCAUUGUUAUGAGAUUCACUAGAAAGAAACUUCACAGACCUGUGAAGAUUCCUAUAAUCAUUCCGGUUGUGGUGGUGAUUGUGUCUUGUUAUCUGGUUCUUGCUCCCAUCAUAGACAAGCCUGAAAUUGAGUACCUGUACUGCACGGUGUUUAUAGUGGGUGGUCUUCUUUUAUAUGUACCCCUCAUUCACUUCAAAUUCAACUGGAUCCGUCACAUCACGAGGCCAAUAACCCUGCAUCUUCAGCUGUUAAUGGAAGUCGUUCCAGCUGAAAAGACUGAGUAACAGAUAUCAAGUUGGAGGGGAAACAAAUAUAUGAUAUCCAGCAAUGGACAGAUGACUAAUACAUGGACUUGUUGUAGGAUUCUUAAAGGGAACAUGGCUCUGGUCAUUUUUAUAUACAAGUGCUACAGUCAGGCCAUCUGUUGUCUUUACAUACAAUAUCAUUUACAUUUAUUCAUUUGGCAGAUGCUUUUAUCCAAAGUGACAUACAUUGCAUUAUCCUAUAUGUUUCUGAGUAUGUGCAAUCCCCUGGGAUCGAACACACGACCUUGGCGUUGUUAGCACCAUGCUCUAACCACUGAGCUACAGGAAAGCUAUAUCAGAAGUCAUGUGUACCAUUAUUUGC